CCCGGCGGGGAAGUGGUGGGAAUGGACUGGACGGCAGGGCGGGCUCUCUAUAAAUAGCUCCGCUCCCCCAGCGAAGUCAGAUCAAAGACCUUCCACGUGGUGAUGGCCGCGACCAUUGACCCCGAAACGCGUCUUAGUUUGGCGGCCCUGCUUCUACUCGGGUCUCUCUGGUUCUGCCCGGCGCGAGGCGGCGAAUUCCUUACUGCCGAGCCACGGGGAGCAGGCCCUGGAGAACAGUGGUCCUACAACCAUCCUGAUGUCAGGCCUAGGCCACCCGCAGACCCUCUCACCCUGCAGGCCAGGAUGACAUGUCGCUGUGAGGAUGACAGACACAUCAGUGGAUCCUGGCAGUUUGGCUUGAAUGGACAAAUGAGGCUCCACUUUGAUUCGGAGAAUGGACACUGCAGAGUGGAUCACCCUGGAGGCAGAUGGAUGAAAGAGAAGUGGGAGAAUGACAGAGCUGUGACCGAGUUCCUGAAGAAGGUCUCCGUGGGAGACUGUCCGGCCUGGCUUCAGGCUUUCAUGGUGCGCUGGGAGAAAAGGUUGAAGACCUCGGCAUCACAGACCACGGACCCCCCCUACAGUGCACACCAUGGCCCCAGCCAUCGAUCUCAUCACAGGGAUCGCCGCUGGGGUUCUCGCCAGUUGUGGCAUGAGCAUCCUAGCCUGGAUCCUUUAUAA